AACGUUUUCAUAUAUUUUUAAGAGGCUUUGUCAUAGAUCAACUAUACAUUUUUCUAUAUGAUUAGAUUCUUCGAAUGACAUCGUAUACAAAUGCUAUUGAUUGGUGGGGUAUUGGUAUUGUUAUGUAUGAAUGUCUUGUUGGUCGAUUACCAUUUGCUGAUAGUAAAAGUCAAGAUGGUCUGUUUCAAAAAAUUCUUAAUCAUGAACCAAUAUAUCCACCUAAUUUAUCACCUGCUGCACUUGAUUUAAUUAAACGAUUUUUAAUAAAAGAACCAACUGAACGUAUUGGUUCAGGUAUAGAAGAUGUUCGUGAAGUUGAACGUCAUCCAUUCUUUGGUAAUAUACCAUUUCGUUUAUAUGAAGAGAAAAAAGUUCCACCACCGUUUAAACCAGAACUUGAUUCAGAUACAGAUACACGUUAUUUUGAUGCAGAAUUUACAAAUGAACCAGUUUGUGUAACACCACCUGGAAGUACUGAAUCUAUCAAUGCACUUGGCAUGUCAGAUGAUGCAUUUGAACGUUUUACAUAUGUUGGCAAUGAUGGUUUAAGUCAUAUUGCAUCACGAUCAGUUUUAUCAAUGGCAUCAUCAAAUGCCGCACGUUCCCAAUCAAAUAUAUAUUUAGAUGAUCCUGAUUAUUAUCAUCAUAAUCGUGAAAAUGUUCAUAAUUUACCAACACAAUAUUCCGUAUCAACAAUGCAUAUGCCAUCAAUGGGUGCUGAUAUAUCAUCAACACUUAAAAGUGCAACAAGUAUGCAACAAUUAAAAGGUUCAGAAAUGAAAAUGACGAAUGAAUCUGAUGAUAUGAAUGAUCAACAAAAAAUGAAUAUUGAUCAAGAUCAUACACACCACCACCACCAACAACAACAAUCAGUUACAUCAAUACCAGAAAUUUAUGAACAACAAUUAAUGAAUGAACGUCUUAUGUGUAUACAACAAUUAAUGGGUAGUGGACAAAAUUUUGCGUCAAUGUUUAAUGAUGAUCCAUAUUUUGCACAACAAAUCAUGUCUUAUAUAGCAACAGCACAACAACAACAACCAGAAGUUAUUGAAAUAAUGGAUGAAUAG